AUGGAGAUAAUCCGGGCGCUGCUUGUGGAUGGCUUGGUGGAGUUGGGCCUGCUCUCGCAACCAGUGGCUUCUGAGGGGACUGAUGAGAGUAUCGUGCCUGCGGGAACCCCAAAGCGGGAGGAGAAACCUGGACCUUCAGAUGGUUCUCCCCCUGGGACAAAGAGAGCGGGCGCGGGGGUUGAUGAACCGCCUAACCCUCUGUUCACCCUCCCCCGGUAUGACCCACACUCUCCUCCCACCUCUCCUCGGUCCUUGGAUGCUGCCCGACGCGCUGUGCGCCUGGCCCGCAUUAAAAUGGAAGCUGAGCAGAAGGAACGGGACCGCAGUGCCGAGCUCGAAUUUCAGGUGCGCAAGCUCGAGAUAGAGGCUGACAAAGACGUCAAACUGCGCCGCCUUGAGCUGGAGGCUGAAGGUCGCCUCCCUCCCAGUCCUACUCCCGGCCCUGGACCCACCGCGCAGGCUGCAGCCCACUCCCCAUCCGUUCACGGCGGCGCCCUCGAUGGGGAUACGCUCUCUGCUAAAUAUACCGGUCCUUAUGUGGUUAAGGAGAAACUGUCUGAUACUGACUAUAUUAUCAGCACGCUGGACAGGAGGCGAAAAACCCGCGUGUGCCACAUUAAUAUGUUGAAGCAGUAUCACUCCCGCGUUACACCGACCACGACGGAGCCCUCCCUUCAGUGUGUCUCCGCUCUGAUUGUGGCUGACCAGGCCGCUGAGAGCGGACUGAAGAUGCAUAAGGUGAUGGCUGCAUAA